AGCCGAAGAGUCCCUGGUGACUUUCUAUUGGUUAAAGUUUACGUCACUCAGUCUUGGACGGAACAAAGGUGGGCAACGUGGUUCCCCAGCUGCCUUUUCAUUGGACAAGAUUGAUGUCAUUCGUGAGAGGACGGGCAAAGCAACGCCCAGUUGUCUGUUCAUUCGUCAGGGUGCAUGUCAAUCACCUGACGAAAUCGGAAGUGGUGAGGAUUGCUGAAGCAACAUGGAGGAAGCCGCAGAGGAUGGAGGUAACCUGGCUGGGGUCCAGCACAUUAUCGUGGUGCUAUCAGGGAAAGGGGGCGUAGGGAAGAGCACCAUCUCAACAGAGCUGGCUUUGGCUCUGCAUCACACUGGGAAAAAGGUCGGGAUCCUGGACGUAGACCUCUGUGGCCCCAGCAUCCCGCGCAUGCUCAAUGUGCAGGACCGAGAUGUUCACCAGUGCGACGGUGGCUGGGUGCCGGUCUUUGUUGGCCAAGACAAAAGCAUCGCCGUCAUGUCCAUUGGCUUCCUUCUGGAAAAGCCAGACGAUGCCGUAAUAUGGAGAGGACCAAAGAAAAAUGCUUUGAUCAAGCAGUUUGUCUCUGAUGUCACCUGGGGAGAACUUGACUUCUUGAUUGUGGAUACACCCCCUGGCACAUCCGAUGAGCAUAUCUCCACUGUAGAAUCCCUUCGGCCUUAUAAGCCUUUUGGGGCAAUUCUUGUUACAACACCGCAGGCUGUUUCUGUGGGGGACGUGAGGCGAGAGCUGACCUUCUGCAAGAAGACAGGCUUACAGGUUCUUGGGAUCGUGGAGAACAUGAGCGGCUUCGUCUGCCCACACUGUUUGGAAUGCACCAAUGUCUUUUCCAAAGGAGGUGGACAGGAGCUGGCCAAGCAUGCCGAGGUCCCAUUCCUAGGCUGCGUGCCCCUGGACCCCCAGCUCAGCCAGAGCUUGGAACAAGGCAGAGACUUCCUCCAGGAAUUUCCCAAGAGCCUGGCGUUCCCUGCGCUCGCCGACAUCGCCCGGCAGAUCUUGGCUGGGGCGUCCGCUUGCAGCUCCUGAAACGGAAGCACAGGCUGCAAUCGACGGGCAUCCAGCAUCUUCCUCGCCACACCAAGAGAAGCGAGAGAAGCUGGCCAGGAAAUAGGGCGGCUUUUGAGAAGGCUCAACAGGGCGGGGGAAGGCUUUUCGGAAAGCGACGGACUCAAGAGGGGCUGGAUUUGGGCAGAACACAGCGCCUUGUCUGCAACAGCGUUUGCCUUCCGUAUGAGUGACUGCAGUGUCUGCUUUGGAGUGGUCCACCCAUUGGUGGGUUUGUUUUUAGCCCUUUGUUCAGUUUUUCGAAGGCCAGGAUCUUGACCAGAUGGUGUUUCUGCUCCCUUCCUCAGGCAGGACAAAUGAGAAGUUUACACACACCCAAAGAGCAGAGAAGUACCAGCAGGACGCUGGCACUCUAGCGCUCCCUGCCUUCCACCUUGUGAACUCAGUUCAGCAUGUGCUGUGCGAUGCAGCAGUCCUCGCGAAAGCCUCCGCCAGCAGUUCCUUGACUGCUCUGCAGAAUUCAAUUGUGAGUCGGUCAUCUUGAGCAACCCACAUCCAAUAAAUCAUAUUUGCUGCA